UAGAGCCACACGCAUUGGUGGUCACCCUCUCAACUGUUAUAGUCCUCCUUGCAUGUAUGAAAAGUUCCGGGCUAUGAACAGAGAAAUAUAUUCGCCUUCCCCUUCAUGGGCUUGGGAUUCGCUUGAAAUUUCUCGAUUGCGCUGACUACGGGGUUCUCAGGAAUCGGCAUUGGAAUCUGUGUACUUCUGUGGUUUUCCAAAUGAAGUGCUUUUGGAGCAGGAAAGAUUAGUAUGCAUUUCUGCACACUUGAAGAAAACACUAUCCUUCACUAGCAAUCAUAGCGGCACAGCGCAAGGACGCCACAAGUGACGCUGCGUGCGGACUCUUAGUUGGCUACAACAGUCCUGAAACAUACUGAUCUGUUAGGAUUGGCUCGAAAUAAUCGAAGAACUGGGGCUAACUUAGGCACGUAUCAAAUUGUUGUUGUCUCACGAGCAAGCGACGAUUAUCCCAUCUGGAUAUGGUGGAGAAGAGGAAACUGAAAGCCAUUCAGGUGAGACGAGGAGGAUACCUGCUCGGGUCCCUGAAACGAUUCUCCCCCUCCUCCAUUGCCAAGACGUCUGCCUCUUCUUCCCUUCACGGACACAACUGCCACCACGCCCUCCCUUCGCUCCCCAAUGCCGCACCCUACAAGGGCGUGCGAAUGCGGGUGUGGGGCAAGUGGGUGACGGAGAUCAGAGAUCCCAUCACCAAGACGCGGAUAUGGUUGGGAUCCUUCGCCACCGCGGAAAUGGCCGCCCGAGCGUACGAUGCCGCCGUUGUGUGCCUCAAGGGAGCGUCGGCUCCGGAGCUGAACUUCCCCGACGCCAUUCCGCCGUUCUUGAUCCCCCAGUCCACGUCCUCUCCCAAGGAGAUUCAAGCCGUCGCUCUGGCAGCUGCCACGGGCUCCAUCCAGCCGGGUGCUCCCGCACCCAUCCAAGCCGCAUCAGGGGGUGCUCGCCAGGAAUCGGAGGUGGACGUCGUGGGCUCCGCAUCGUCCAAAUGCAUGGACGUGGAGCACGCACAUGGGAACGACGCGGAGGGGGAGAAUCAUGACAUGCCCGACGUGAAGCAGCGCAGCAGCGAGGCAGAUUUGGAGGAGUGGAUAAAGAAGGAGUUCGGAGAGAUGGAUCCGGUGGAGAGGGAGCCGAGCGAGGAUCUGUUGCAAGAGCUGAUGAAAGGAGGGAACGACGAAGACACGGCGGGAGCGUUGGGAGGGUACAGCGGAGUGGAGCAAGCAUCGGAGUGUGUGUGGCCUUCGUCCGAUGAGGCAGACGAGUCGCUGGUUUAUGAUGUGAAGUUGUGGUCGUUUACCUGAGGCGUCAAACAUCGCUCGGCCAAGCACCGCAUUCUGAGGUUUAACUUAAACACUUCUGUAGAGAAAGCCUCUGAAGGCAGCGGUGAAAAUGCUGCAAUCUGUAACUGACGGUUGCUCGACUAUCUAAUUCUGUUCGACACACGACGUUUAACAGCAACAGUGCUUACUGACCUCGACAUGGAGAUCGAGGGCACCGAAUUCAUUCUGUGAGACGCAUUCAGAAAUUCUAUUCUCACCUUAUUCUGGAAUGUCACCAAUUCUUGAACAGCAGAAUUUCGGCCACAAUAUUUUUGGAACGUCAACUCAGACUAAGCUGUAGGAACAUUCGUUAUGGCAGAGCACAGUGCACUCGCAGUCAACCAGCCCAAAAUUCUGAAUUCGGACUUUAUAAAAUGUUCCACAACAUAGUUAAUUCUCCUCAUCGUCCAGCAUGGCGGCGGCACUGGUUAUCAUGCAAUAAGUCUCGGAAGUAAGAACACUGUCACAUCACUUUACAAUUAAAUGAUUCAGGGCACAAUCCCGAACAAGGCUUUUCUUUUCCA